AUAUAUAUAUGUGUGUGAAGAGUAAUAAUAAUAAUCUAAUUCUACGAGAAAUUCUACGUACCGUCAGAAUCCGAGAUUAUAUCGUCUCGUUUAAUUGUUCGCUGUUUGUUGAGUUCUAGUCCAUGGUGACACUUGACAAUUUGGUUAUCGUCCAAGAGAAGAUGCGUGCGUGAGUAAGUACUUACUUACUUGCUUACUUACUUACUUACUUAGUUACUUACUUAACACGUGAGGCGACCUCGUCGCGAUAACUGAAGAUCAUUAUUCGAUUCGGUGGACGGCCUGCGUGACUUCGUCGAAAGAGUAAAGGACGAUCUAUCGGUCCGUGAUAAUCGAAAGAUCGAAUUUUCUAGCUAAAAGAGAAAGACAAAGAGAAAGAAAGAAAAAAAAAGAGAGAAAAAGAGAAAGAGAGAGAGAGAGAGAGAGAGAAAGAGAGAAAGAGAAAGAGAGAGAAAUGUUAAUCGUUAACAUUUUCGAUAACGCCGUUGUUGUGUAUAAGGCAAGAUCAUUUCUCGAAUAUCUUACGGAGGACAGAUUUCAACGAUCAGAAGAAGAUCGACAGGAACAAUAAAAAGAUUCGAAUUCGGUGAGUGACGAUUUGAGAAAGAAAGCAAAAAGAAAAAUAUACGCACAUAUAUAACAACGUGAAAUCCGUGAAGAAGUUCGUGAUCGAUCGAACACGGUAUUAAAUUCGCGCGCUUUCGUUCGCGCCAUUGGAUUCGCGCAAAGGGCGCGAAAAUCUUUUCAAGUUCCGCAAAGUUGCGGAGGAGAUCGGGAAAGUGUUGUUCAGCCACGAGUCCAGGAUUCUCACCCCCGGAGGCGGCACCAUCUCGCCCGGGGGCGCGGGGCCACCCGCGAGCCCUUCUUCGGGACACUAUCGUCAACAAACGCACAGUCCACCCUUGGUCAAGAUUGGAUCUGUUCACGCGCAUCAGACGAACAACCAUCAGCAUCAACAUCUUCAACAACAACAGCAACAACAGCAACAGCAGCAACAACAACAACAGCAACAACAAACGCAGCAGUCGUUGCAGCAACAACAAACGUCGAGCCAAUCGCAAGUGCCUGGUGGGGGAGGAGGGGGUGGAGGGCCGGGGGGUGGGACGGUGGCCAGGGCCGGAGGAAUGUUCUGCUACCACUGCCCCCCUGGUCUUCCGGCACCAAGGCUUCCACCGUCUUUGGAGUAUCCCUUCGCGCCGACUCACCCUUAUACAAGUUAUUCGGCUUACCAUCCGGCUUUGCACGGUGUCGGUGAAGAUUCCUUCGUAAGAAGGAAACAACGAAGAAAUCGUACGACCUUUACACUCCAACAAUUGGAGGAACUCGAAUCGGCCUUCGCACAGACUCAUUAUCCUGACGUCUUUACGAGGGAGGAUCUAGCUAUGAAGAUCAACCUUACGGAAGCCAGAGUUCAGGUUUGGUUUCAAAAUCGUCGAGCAAAAUGGCGGAAAAGCGAGCGACUGAAAGAGGAACAGCGGAAGCGAGAAGGUGGAAGUGGUGCUGGUGGAGGAACAGGAGGAGGUGGUGGAGGAGGAGGAGGAGGAGGAGGAGGAGGGGGUACUGGAAGCAGCGUAGCCCUAGAAACUACAGGAUUGGCACCACCAACGUCCUCGUCCGCUGGUCCUAGUCCAACUGGUCACGAUCCUGAAGGUACAACGAGCAGCAGUGCUGCCGAUGCCGAGGACGUUGGUCCAGAGGGUGCAGGUGGUUCGAGAAGCCCAAGUACGACAUCCGCCUCUGUAAGUCCAAGGCCCCAGCCGAGUCAGCCGUCCCUGGGUGGUGUCUCGACGCCACCACCGACCCCGAUAAGGGCGCCGCCACCACCACCGAGCACCGUAGGGGGCUUGGGACCACCCGCUGAGAGCACUCCCGGAUUAGGAGCAGGCUUUAGGCCAGUGGAACCACCGACGUCGCUCUUCUUCUCGCCACAUUUGGCCGCACAAUUUUCACCACCGCUCUUUGGUAGUAAGGUCGUCAGCAGCACGCCGACAUCGUUGUCCUCGACGACACCCUCACUUUGGAGUACGAGCGAUCAUCGACCUGGGAGCCUUCAAGAAAUGUUGUCCUGGUCACCGGCAGGCUGGCCAGGUUCCUUGUGUGGCUGUUGCAAACCCGGUACCGGUGAUCUUCAUCGUAGCAGCAGUCUAGCUGAAUUGAGAAGAAAAGCUCAGGAACACUCGACAGCCUCCGCGUUAUUGGGCGGACUAGCCGGUUUUCCUGGUGGUUUGCCCUUACCCUUACAUCUACCCUUACUGCCACCACUAUUAGGUCUCUCAAGAAGACCGGAGAAUCAUCAUCAUCAUUUACCAAGCGUCGCUCAUCAGAUUCAACCGACGACGAAAGAGGAUCCCUAGGAUCAAUCCGAUCAUAGAUCUUCGUUCAAAUCUAAUAUAUCUUAUCUAAGUUUCCUCGAUAGCUCGGACCAGCUUAGCGGUUCUCCGAUGAAUGUUGAUUUUUUCUUUUUUGUCUUCUUUUCUUUCUUUCUUUUUCUUCCUUCUUUUCACUCGGAAAAUUCUAUCGUCGAACUUCUUUCGUCAAGUACGAAUAAAUUAAUAAGUUUCAAAGUUGAUAAACAAUUGUGAUCGUUCGAGAUACUUUUAAAAUCACGCUCGAGAUUUAUUAUAUUAUAUGCAAUAGCGUCGAUUUGCAUCCACCCUCGUCCACCUGUCGAACCACCUUCCUCUCCCCACGAUCAAGCCACCCUCCCCGUCUCCUAAUCCCCCAUUAGCGUAUUAAUUUCGUUCCUUUUUAUCGUUAAUUGCAAACGUAGAUGCAUCGUUAAAAGUUAUAUAGAUUAGCUGCGAAACGAACGACGAGGAACCUCCAUCGAACUUGUAAUUUCGCGUCGUUCUAUAAUUAUGUACUGUCGUAAACAUAGAUCUUUCUUUUUUCUUUUCUUCUUCUCCUUUUUCUUUUCUUCUCUUUUUUCAACAAGUAAAACUUGUUCUUUUGCGUUCUCGUGGGAGGGAAAUUAUAAUAUACGAUUUAACGAUUCGAGCACGACAUUUGAUAUUUUCGCGAUUAAACGUCAUUGUACUUUGAAUAUUUUCUGACGAUAGCAGAUUAACGGUAAGACGCAUAAGAUUAUGUCGGUAACAGUCUGAGCAAUAUUCUGCUCGAAUUAUCCGUUUGAACGAUUGAAUCAGAGUACUCGAGUCUUUCGAACAAAAUUUCUAUUCCUUUUCUUUCUUUUUACCUUUUUCUUUAUAACGAAUUGAUCAUUAUUAAAUUAUCACUUGUAUCACCGUCCGCGAAAAGCAACAAUUAUACAUAUAUGAAGAUAAAUUGAAAGAAACUAUCGUAUAAUGUAACGAUGAAAUAUCGUUUCGAAAACUCAUUAACGUUUCUAACGUUAAUAGAUAAGAGCAAGUGUUUAUGAUCGAUGCGACAUUAUUAUACUUAAUUGUUAUACCUAAUUGUCACUCUAGCGCAGACCCAAUUUUUACGUAGUAUUUUUUAUUUUUACGUAGUUUAUAAUGAAUAAAUAAAUAAAUCAUAAUAAUAAUAAUAAUAAUAAUAAAACACCUAACGUAAUCGUUUCAACAUAGCAUUUUAAAAUGAUUCUUUUCGUAGAGAAAUUUUUGAGAGUAUAAGGAAAAGAAUAAACGAAUGGGAACGAUGUAAAUGAGAUUCGAUAAGCGAAAGAUAAUAGAAAAUUUCUCACGUCGCAAUCGUUAUCAUUAUAUAUAUUUUUUUUUAACGAUAAGUCCCGAUCAAUCGUCGAAUCGUUAAGGAUCGAUACGUCCACGAUGUAUCUUAUUAAUUUCGAUCGUUACAAAGUCGCACGAUAAUAAUACUCGAGUACUCGAAGGAUUCGAAGAAUUUCGUCUUGUCGAAAGAAAAAAGAAAAAAAAACAUAAAUAAAUAAAUAAAUAAAUAAAUAAAUAAAUAAGGAAAGAAAGAAAAAGAAAAAUAAAGAAUCAAAACCAAACGGAUCGAAGUUAAAAUUGAUUUGAUUCGAUUCGUACGACUACUCGAAUCAUGCCUUAAGUGAGAAAGAAAGAGAAAGAGAGAGAGAGGGAGAGAGGGAGGAAGAGAGGGAGAGAGAAGCGAUGAUAUUGUCGACGAACGAUAUAAACAAAAAAAAAAAAAAGAAAAAAAAAAGAAAAAGGAAAAAAAAAAGAGGAAGAAAACUAAAACGAGAUAGACAGAAGAGAAACUAUCUCUGAGCCGUUAUUCUGUAUUUCGUGAGUACAGCGUAGAAGCUAAAAAAACGAAAAAAAAAACAAAAAAAAAAAAAAAAAAAAAGAAAAAACGGAAAACUUAGCUAAAAACCCAUAGAGACGUGUAUAUUACCUUCUGAUUAAGUGUCAGUGCUAAUUAAAGAUAGUCUAAAGAAAAACUAUGUUACGAGCUAGCGAUUAUUAUGUAGUGUAUGAACCUGUGGUAGUGAGAUAUUCGAAUAAACUUGUUCUCUCGUGAUAAA